AUGGACGAGAGGCUCGGAUGGCUGCGGCUGAUAGUAUGCAGCAAUCUUUGCGUGAGCGAGUCAAUAUUCGAGGAGCUUGCGCAGAGACAAGAUGGGCAAGGGCGAGAGUAUUCAGAAAGAAUGAAAGAAUUUUUCGAUUCAAAAGGAGAUGCGACCUUCGAUGCAGCAUUGAUUUUCUAUGCGGUGGAGGAGGAAACCAAGGUUCAUCAGCAAGAAGGAAAUGGCACAAUCAAGACUUUAAAAGACUUGGAAGAGAAUGUUGACUUUGGUCUUUUGUGUGCACCAACGUUGAUAAUGCUGGAGCAAAUCCUUUCCAAAGUGUACCUGCCGAUCCUAGAGAAAGACACAGCAGCUGCAGACAAAUCUAUGCAUCAAGACGUAGAAAUGGAACUAAUGCAUAGUCUUCAGAAAUUCUUAUCACAAGUCAACCAUGCUGUCUUACAGGUGGCAGGUGAAGUCAAACUGAAUCUGCCGAGCGUCAGCUUUGAAGAUGAAGCAUUGAUAAGCAAUAAUCCUUCCCUUGUCGGCGAUUUAGAAUCGACUGUUAUGGAUUGGUCGAGUCAAAUUCAAAAGCUCGUUGAAGCAGAAAUGGCAAAGGUUCCGGUAGGCAAGGGACCACUCGCUGAAGUUGAGUUCUGGAGGUCACGAAAUGCAUCACUUUCUACUUUAUACGAGCAACUGAACCUUCCGAAUGUGAAGAAAGUGAUUCAAAUUCUUGAGAACAUGAGCAAUAGUUUCGAAUCGGAUGCAUUUAGAGAAUUCCAAUUGCAAUCUUCCACGCUGUUGAAAUUGCAUGUAGAAGCAAAAGACAAUGUCAAGUUCUUGUCAACACUUGAAAGACAUUUCAAGAGUAUUUCGCAAGGAUCUCUGAAUGAAAUAACAGAUACAAUUCCUCCGAUGAUGAAUGCUAUACGUAUGGUAUGGGUAAUUUCUAGACAUUACAACACGGACGAGCGUAUGGUUCCUUUGAUGGAAAGGAUUGCCUUCGAACUUGCCGAGAGGGUUGCCCAGGACCUUGAUGUGAAGACUCUGUUCAGGAUUGAACUGGCAGAAGCAAAAAAGAUGAUCGGAGAUGCACAGAAUGUCCUUGAAAAAUGGAAAGAAGCUUAUUUCAAAGUUCGACAAAAGAUUGAAGAAUCAGGCAGAGAUCAGAGAUGGGAAUUUGAUAGAAAACGGCUUUUUGACCGAACUGAUUACAUGGUCAGCUGUUGUAAUGAUAUCCACGACGUUGCUUUAGUUUUGGAGCACUUCCACAACAUCCUUGGGCCAGAGUUGAAAGCAGUGACUGGCGAUUCAAAGGGAAUCGAUGAUGUUCUUACUAGGGUGAAUGCUCUCGUCUACCCGCUAGAGUCAGUUCCUUUCGAUCUGUUUGACCGAAGAUUUCAGUCAAGUUGGGAAGCAAUCAUGCAUCGAUUCAGAGAAGACGUCUCAAGAAUCGAAGAGGAGACUAAAACUUUCAUCAAUGAGUCAUUCAAGAAGCUUAGAUCUGCUGAGGGUGCUUUUGAUCUUCUACAAAAAUUCAAACACAUCAAGACUCGAGACUCAAUCAACAAGCAGAUGAUGGACAAAUUUUCUGAUAUCCUGGGUAGAUACAAGGAAGAAGUUCAUCUAGUGAAGGACCUUUUUCUAUCUAGCAAAUCCAAUCCUCCAAAAUUCAAAAACCAGCCACCGGUGGCAGGUGCAAUUGCUUGGUCCAGGGCUUUGUUUUACAGAAUUAAGAAAUCAAUUAUAAGGUUUCAAUCUUAUGAAGAUAUGAUGUCUGGAGAAGAAGGACAAUUGGUAACCAAAUUUUACGUUGAGGUUGGAAGAAUGAUGAGAUUGUACGAAAACGAUCUAGUUGAAGGAUGGAAAUCUAAAGUUGAAGAUGCUGUCAUUCAGCAUUUGAAAAGUUCAGUCCUUACGGAGGUCAAUGGAAAAAUUGUUGUUAAUUUUGAUCGGAGUCUUGUCACAAUCAUACAAGAGGCUAAGUAUCUUGACAGAAUGGGUAUAGCAGUACCGGAAAAUGCAUUGAAUGUCGCACUCCAGGAAGAAAAGUAUUAUGAAUAUGUCGAAGCCUUGAAAAUUAUGCUGGAUCAUUACCAUCAUGUUGUCAAGUCACUUUCACCUGCUGAGGAAGAACUGCUUCAUGUACAGAUACAAGAUUUGGAGACGACCAUACGAUUUGGCUUUGAUCCUCUCAACUGGAACUCGCUAGCCAUCAAGGAGUAUAUGGAGCGAUGUACCAAGCACAUCAACGAGUUUUCUACUACGUUGAAACAGGUUCAAAUGAGCGCUUCAAACAUUGAAUCUGUGGUGCUAUCGAUCAUGAAUGCACAGUUGGUUGAUCCUGGGGAACUUGAUGGCAAAAGCAUAAUGGAUAUGCAGGAAUUUUAUGAAAACGUGGAAAAGAAUCGUAGUUCUACUGUUGAAACCAUGGUGAAGAAAUAUCGAACAAUUAAGGAACAAAUGGGUAAAAUUGAAGGUAUUGUAGCCGGAAGUGGUACAAACAAAUCACCUGCAUUGAAAAGUUAUUACAAACAUUGGGAAAGUUUGAUCUUCAAAGCCUUGACGCGGUGUGUGCACAGAUCCUUGCAUCAAUUCUAUGUGUUUUUGAACGUCAAUCUCACAUCCUUGGAUGCAAGACAUCCACCGAUUUUUCGAGUAACAGCCAGUCUUGUUGCACCAGAUAUUGUUGUUUCUCCUGCUCUAACAGACAUGCACAAGCUUUUCCAAAAGAUGGUCAAAAACACGGUCGAGAGCACAAAGUCUUUUAUUCGCUGGAUGAAAGGAACCUGCAUCGAAACGCCACCACAAUAUUUUCAUGGAGAAGAAGAAGAGCCUGUAAUUUAUUCAUUCUACAGUGAUAUUUCUGCUGAUCCUACUAUCAUCAAAAUGAUGCUUACAUUGAAUCAGUCGGUACAAAAGGCAUUUGCAAAUUUGAAACGCUUUCUGGAAAAAUGGAAGAGGUAUUCGGGUUUAUGGAAGCAUGACAAAGCUGCUGUCUUGGAGAAGUUCAUGAAAUCCAACCCCACAUUUGUUGACUACGAGGAGAAGUUAUAUUACUACAAGAAAGUGCGAUCUCAAAUCAAAGAAGAAAGGCCUGUGACAGAUAUUGACUUCAUCCAAAUUUCGUGCCACCCACUGAUUUCAGACCUUGAAAGAGAGGCGAACUCUUGGAUCAUGACGAUUGGCAAAACGAUGCAUGAGACUGCCAAGCAAAAUACAUUGAGUCUAAAUGAAGCGCUCACUUCUAAGCGAGCAAAACUAACGGAAGCUCCAGACAAUCUUGAAACACUCAAAGACAUCGUGAGAUUGAUUGGAGACAUUCGAAAUUUGACUCCAAUCAUGGAAGAAAAGUUUAUGGAAGUUGAAGAGCAGUUUCGAACACUUGGUAUGUUUGAGUAUCCUUCAGAGGAAUCAGUUCGAGAACUGGCUCGAAGUAUUCGAAAUUCAUGGUAUGACUUGUGUGAAGAAUCGAAGGAAGUAGACUACAAGUUGAGAUCCAUCAAAAAGAAUUUUUGUGAGGUUACUCAGAAUCAAGUUGAUGAUCUAGUGCUUCAAACCAAGAAGUUGAUGAAAGAAUUCAAGGAAAAUGGACCUGACUCUCCAGAUAUCCACCUUGGCGAUGCGUCAUUGGAUCAAGGUCUUGAACGCAUGAUAUCCUACAAGGACAGGAUUUCGGACGUUGGGAAGAUGAAGGAUGAGUUGACAGCUGCGCAGCUUUUGUUUGGACUUGAAGUCAUGUCUUAUCCGGAAAUUGCAAUGAUGGAAUCGAGUUUAAAGAGUCUGGAUACCAUAUACUCCAAAUAUGAGGAAUUCCUCAGACAGACUCAAGAAUGGUCUGGGACGUUGUUCUUCAAGGAUCUGAACAUUUCUAGUUUGACUGAAAGAAUGGAGGAAUUGAUAUCAAAUCUCAAGAAGUUGCCAAAAUUGACCCGCCAACUUGGAGUGUAUGCAAAAGUCCUUGAAGCACUAGAAAAAUUUGAAUCAACUAUCCCAUUGCUUGUCAAAUUGAAAUCUGAUUCAUUGAGAGAACGGCAUUGGCAAAAAUUGAUGAGUUUGACUGGAAAAUCAUAUAAUCUGGACCCCAACUCUUUCACGCUUGGUAAGCUUUUCGAAAUGAAUUUGGAACAAUUCAGCGAUCAAGUUAACGAAAUUUGCAAUGCUGCUUCGAAGGAGCUUGCGAUAGAGAACGGCCUCAGCAAAAUAAAGGACACCUGGGCAACACUUUCAUUAGAAUUGUUUCCUUAUAGCAAGGGAGAGAUCCCCCGCGGUUACAUUCUAAAGGGGACAGAUGACAUCAUGAAUGCGAUCGAUGAAAAUAUGACAGCACUUCAAGCCAUGGGGAGCUCCAAGUUUGUGGUUCCAUUUCUCGAAGAAGUAAAAUCCUGGGAAAAAAUUUUAUCUACGAUUGGUGAGUGUUGCGAUAUCUGGCUCAUUGUUCAGAGAAAAUGGCAGUAUCUUGAAGGAAUUUUCAUAGGCUCAGAUGAUAUCCGACUGCAGCUGCCAGAAGCAGCAAAAGAAUUCGAUAAGCUUGACAAGACAUGGAUGAAAAUCAUGGAUGACACCAAGAAAAACAGAAAUGCGAAGACCGCAUGUACUGCCGAAGGUCGAGUGGAUCAAUUGACUGACAUGUCAUCUGCAUUGGACAAGUGUCAGAAAAGCUUGACUGAUUACUUAGAAACAAAAAGGAACUCAUUUCCAAGAUUUUUCUUCAUAUCUGAUGAUGAGCUGCUUAGUAUACUGGGUACUUCAGAUGUGACUUCAAUCCAAGAACAUAUGUUGAAGUUGUUCGACAAUUGCAACGAGCUGAUAUUUGCACGAAACAACAAAAUCGUGAAAGGAAUGAUAUCUGCUGAGGGUGAAACCUUUGAUUUUCGUACUGUCGUGCCUGUAGAAGGACCAGUAGAAAAUUGGAUGACGAAUGUUGCAUUGGAGAUGAAAAAAACUCUUGCAGAAAUCAUGAAAGAAUCUGUUUUUCACUAUCCAAAGGUGGCUCGUUUGAAAUGGAUGGAUGAUUCUUUGGGAAUGUGUUGCCAGACUGGUAUCAAAAUAUGGUGGACUUGGGCGAUUGAAGAUGUUUUCAACAAGGUCAAAAAUGGCGACAAAAAUGCCAUGAAAUCUUACGCACAUAAAUUGAAAGAUGAAGUGAAUGAUCUGGUGAGAGAAGUUCGAAAAGACUUGCACAAGCUGAUGAGGAAGAAAGUUAAUACUCAAAUUAUUGUUGAUGUCCACGCCAGAGAUGUCGUUGAUCGAUUUAUUCGUGACAGCAUAAUGGAUAUCAGAGAAUUUGCGUGGGAAAGCCAGCUUCGUUUCUACUGGGAGAGAGUGAGAGACAAUUGUGUUGUCCGUCAAUGUACAGCAGAAAUUCUCUAUGGCUAUGAAUACAUGGGACUGAAUGGAAGGCUGGUCAUUACGCCAUUAACGGAUCGUUGUUAUAUGACGAUCACAACUGCAAUAAGCUUUCGAUUAGGGGCUGCACCAGCUGGUCCAGCUGGGACAGGAAAAACGGAAACAACGAAGGACUUGGCAAAAGCUUUGGGUACCCAAUGUGUUGUUUUUAAUUGUGGAGAAGGUUUGGAUUACCAGGCCAUGGGAACAAUAUUUUCUGGUUUGUGCCAAUGCGGAGCAUGGGGUUGCUUUGACGAAUUCAAUAGAAUCAAUCUAGAGGUUCUAUCAGUUGUUUCAGCGCAGCUAAAGACAGUGUUCAAUGCCCUCAGUGGUGAAUUGAAAAGAUUCCAAUUUGAAGGAAGGGAGAUUUCGUUGAUAUCCACAUGUGGAUUUUUCAUUACGAUGAAUCCUGGAUAUGCAGGAAGAGUGGAGCUGCCAGACAAUCUCAAAGCCAUGUUUCGCCCAGUAACGAUGAUAGUUCCAAACCUACAGCAGAUCUGCGAAAUUAUGCUAUAUUCAGAAGGUUUUGAGACAGCAAGAGUGCUUGCUCGCAAGAUGGUAGUACUGUACAAACUUGCUAAAGAGCAAUGUUCGAAACAGCCACAUUACGAUUUUGGCUUGCGAGCACUCAAAUCAGUGCUUGUUAUGGCCGGUGGCUUAAAGCGAGAUCCACAAAAUUCAAGUCUUGGUGAAGAUAUGGUUUUGAUGCGUGCAUUGCGUGACAUGAAUGUGCCAAAAUUUAUUUUUGAAGAUGUUCCGCUCUUCUUGGGCCUGAUUAACGACUUGUUUCCUGGUUUAGAAUGUCCAAGAGUUCAACAACCUGCUUUGAAGACAGCAAUACAGCAAAAACUCGAAGAAGGUGGAUACAAAGUAUUCUAUGAGCAAAUUGACAAGACCAUUCAGCUUUACGAAACGAUGUUGACACGACACACAACGAUGGUCGUAGGUCCCACUGGCGGAGGAAAAACUGUUGUUUUAGUCACCUUACAGAAGGCACAAACAGAUUUGGGUUGGCCAACAAAGCUAUUUGUUCUGAAUGCCAAGGCUCAAACAGUGAACGAGCUUUACGGUGUUCUGGACCCCGUCACUCGCGAGUGGGCAGAUGGUCUCCUCUCAAAUAUAUUCCGUGAUGUGAACAAACCUCUACCACCAGGAAAAGAGAAUGAGAGGAGAUAUAUCGUAUUUGAUUCGGAUGUGGAUGCUGUUUGGGUGGAGAACAUGAAUUCUGUAAUGGAUGAUAACAAGUUGUUGACAUUGCCAAAUGGUGAAAGAAUCAGAGUUGCAGAUCACUGCAAACUGCUAUUUGAAGUAGGAAAUCUGAUUUACGCUUCACCUGCGACUGUAAGUAGGUGUGGGAUUGUAUUUGUUGAUCCGAAGAAUUUAGGAUUCGAGCCGUAUGUGUGGAAGUGGCUCAAUGAGAGGUCUGACAUGACUCAGGCUACGAAUUUGAAGCCAAUAUUGUCAAAAUACCUCAUGAAGUGCAUAAGCUUUGUGGUCGAUGGGCUCAUGCCUGAUAAUGAAUUCGCCCCAAAGCCAGAUGCAAUUGUCAACUCAACUGACUUAAAUUAUGCCACACAAUUCUGCGCAAUGCUGGGUGCCAUGUUAGAUGGAGAGAACGAAAUCAAUGAUUCCGGGAUUUUGGAAUCGAUUGUUAUUUUCUGCUUAUGUUGGUCUGUUGGGGCCUCAAUCCUCGAAAAUUGCCGGGAAAGAUUCGAUAAGAUCGUAAAAGAAAUAUCAGGAAUGCCUGUUUCAAGCAGCAAAAGUGUUGGGAUUGGUUCUUUGCCAGGUUCUUUACCAACUUUGUAUCAUUUCUACUUCGAUUCAAACUUGAGCAGAUGGAUUCCGUGGCAAGAAAAUGUUACUGAAUACCAGCAUGUUCCUGGAAUGCCAUUUUCAAACAUAAUCGUCCCAACUAUAGAUACAGUUACAUACACCUACCACCUGGAAUGGAAUGUCAAAAUAUUCCGUCCCGUAAUGUACUGUGGUGCCGUGGGUACCGCCAAAACUGUUACCAUUCAAAAUUUUUUGAAAAAUCUAUCCACCGAUCAAUAUUCCAACAUAGGAAUAAAUUUCUCUUCUAGGACAACUAGUAUUGCAUUGCAGCGCAACAUUGAAGCAUCGCUGGAAAAGAGAAUGAAAGAUACGUAUGGUCCGUCAGGUGGCAAAAAGCUUUUGAUAUUCAUAGAUGAUAUGAAUAUGCCAAAAAUGGACUUAUACGGAACACAACAGCCGAUAGCACUACUGAAGUUGUUGAUUGGAAGGGGAGGGCUGUAUGAAAGAGGAGAGAACUUCAAGUCUGGAGAAGGAACAAACUGGAAGAAUAUCAAAGAUUGCUGUUACUUAGGGGCUAUGGGCCCUCCUGGAGGAGCCAGAAGCUCCCUGGAUCCUAGGUUUACUUCAAUGUUCAGCGUUUUCAACAUUCCAUUCCCAUCCAAGACCUCACUGACAACCAUCUUCGAGUCGAUGUUGAAGAAGCAUCUGGAAGGGUUCCCACCACAAAUUCAGCAAGCCUCUCAAAAAUUGACAGAUUUGACUCUUUCUCUCUAUGACCUCAUUGCUGUCAAUCUGCCUCCAACGCCCAGCAAAUUUCAUUACCUUUUCAAUCUACGUGAUCUAGGCAGGGUUUACCAGGGACUCUUGCAAAUGACACCGGACAAGUUUGACUCAGUUGCAAGUGUAGUUCGAGUAUGGAGAAAUGAAUGUCUUCGAGUAUUUCAUGACAGACUGGUUUCAGAUGAUGAUAGAGAGUAUGUUCAAGGUCUCAUACAGAACCUCGUCAAAUCUGCGUACAAUAGUGAUGCAGACUACAUCUUGGAGAAUCCUAUUCUUUUUGGAGAUUUCAAAAAUCUUUUCCUGGAUACAGAUGAUGACGCAAACGACUCUAAAAUGGAAGAGUUUGCACCAAGAUUAUACGAAGACAUGAUUUCAUACGAUGUUGUUAAGGAUUGCUUUGAACGAAUCCUACAAAAUUACAACCAAAAACAGAAAAAGAUGAAUCUUGUUCUGUUUGACAAUGCUUUGGAGCACUUGGUGAGGCUACAGAGAGUUCUUGAAAUGCCACGUGGAAAUCUGCUUCUGGUGGGUGUCGGUGGAAGCGGAAAACAAAGUUUGACUCGACUUUCAUCGUUUGCGGCAGAUUGUGGACUCUUCGAAAUUACUCUGUCCAGAGGAUACAAUGAGAGCUCGUUCAAAGAGGAUUUGAAGCGACUCUAUGGAAUACUAGGCCAACAAAAUCAGAAAACAGUGUUUCUUUUCACCGAUGCACAUGUUGUUGAAGAGGGAUUCCUGGAAUGGAUAAACAAUAUGCUGGCUUCUGGAAUGGUUCCCGGGCUUUUUGCUGAAGAUGAGAAAGAUGUUUUGGUCGCAAGUGUAAGAGAAGCAGUUGCUCAACAAGGAAUUGUUGAGACAAAAGAGAACUGUAUGAACUUCUUCAUAGACAGAUGUCGUGAUAAUCUUCAUAUUGUUUUAGCAAUGUCGCCCAUUGGAGAAAAUCUACGCACGAGAUGCAGAAACUUUCCUGGCAUGGUCAACAAUACCACGAUAGACUGGUUCACACCCUGGCCUGAAGAUGCUCUUCUUUCCGUUGCAGGCCGAUUCCUGUCCUCAGAAAAGUUGGAUGACAAUUUAAGGCCGAAGAUAAUAGAGCACUUCAAAAAUGUCCAUGAAUCCGUCAGGCAAAAGAGCGCUGAAUAUCUUUCUAGUGUAAGAAGAUAUAACUAUGUCUCCCCGAAAAACUUUUUGGACUUCAUUUCCAACUAUAAGCAGCAAUUGAAUAGCAAAAGAGAUGAAAAUGAGGAAAUGAUAAAGCGACUCGAUGGAGGACUAUCCAAACUUGUGCAAGCUGCAGAUGAGGUUGCAAAGUUGCAGCAAGAACUUGCAGAAAAGACUGUGAUCGUGGAAUCAAAGUCCAAGGAGGUAGAAGAAAUGUUAGUUGAAAUUGAAGCAAAUACUGCGGAUGCGGUGGCAAAACAAGAGUUUGCCACGGCGAAGGAGAAAGAGCUUGAUAUUAUGAAACAGAAGAUUGCCGAACAAAAAGAAGAUGCAGAAAGUCAGCUUGCAUAUGCCAUGCCAGCGCUUCAAGAGGCUGCUGAAGCGCUGAACAAUUUAAGAAAAGAUGAUAUCACUGAGAUUCGAUCUUUUGCUAAGCCUGCCCCGCUUGUUGCGGCAGUUUGCGAAUGUGUUUGCAUUUUCAAGAAAGUAGAAGACAUCUCGUGGAAGGGUGCUAAAGCUAUGAUGUCAGACACUGGAUUUCUUGCCUCAUUGGUGAAUUUCAACAAAGACGGACUGACAUCAAAGCAAGUGAAUCGAGUCAAAUCAUACUACAAAGAUCCAAAAUUCAAUCCCCAGGAUCUGAAAUCCAUCUCAAUAGCGGCUGCUGGACUGUUGCAGUGGGUCUCUGCAAUGGUAAAUUACUACGAUGUGUCGUCAAGGAUUGAACCAAUGCGUGCUGCAGUACGACAAGCGGAGAUGGAUCAACAGAAGAAUGAGAAAGAUCUUUCAAAGCUUAAAAAGGAGCUGGCAGAAAUAAGCCACACAUUGGAAGUUCUUCGAAAUGACCUUGAGCAACGGACAGCAGAAAAAGAAGCAUUGAAGAAUGAAGCUGACAAAAUGGCUGCAUUGUUGUCUGUAGCUGAGCGCUUAAUUUCAGGAUUAUCGAGUGAGAGAGAACGUUGGAAUGAAGAUAUCAAAUCCUUGGGUGAAGAAAGGGCAAAAAUUGAUGGAGAUUGUUUGUUAAGUUCUGCUUUCUUGAGCUACAUGGGAGCAUUCGACUUCUCGUUCAGAUCAUCCAUUCUGAACCAGACUUGGAUGCUUGACAUUACUGAUAAGCAGAUACCACUUUCUCAGCCGUUCCUGCUGCAGAAAAUGCUAACCAGUGACGUCGAGUUGAGCAAAUGGGAGGGUGAAGGAUUGCCGUCGGAUGAGUUGUCAGUUCAGAACGGUAUUCUGACAACCAGAGCAAGUCGAUGGCCUCUGUGUAUCGAUCCGCAAAUGCAGGCCGUCACGUGGAUCAAGAAGAAGGAAGGAAAGGAAUUGGAGGGCCGAACGAAAUCCUUCAAUGAUAAUGAUUUCCUAAAGAUUCUGGAAAUGUGCGUCAAUUACGGAUUUCCAUUUCUCUUUGAAAAUAUCGAUGAAUACAUCGAUCCAGUAAUCUCUCCUGUGCUUGACAAGGAUAUCAAGAAUGUGGGAGGAAGAAGCUUUGUAAAGCUCGGCGACAAAGAAGUGGAUUGGGAUUCAAACUUUCGGCUUUACUUCACAACAAAACUUUCGAAUCCGCAUUACAGCCCAGAAAUUUUUGGACAAACGAUGAUCAUCAACUACAGCGUUACUCAGAAAGGGUUGGCAGAUCAGCUCUUGAACGUGGUAGUCAAACACGAGAGGCCUGAUCUUGAGGAAUUGCGUGAAAAUCUAGUUCAAGAGCUAAGUGAAAACAAAAUUCUUUUGAAGAAAUGUGAGGACACAUUGCUUCGAGAGCUUGCUUAUGCGACGGGAAAUUUGCUGGAAAAUGAAGAUUUGGUGCUAACCCUAGAAAAGACCAAGGCUACCGCCGUUGAAAUUGCAUCCAAAAUACAAAUUGCAAAUCAGACGGCAACUGAAAUUGAAAGAACUCGUGAAGGUUACAUGCCCAUUGCAAUCAGAGGAUCAGUAUUGUACUUUGCCAUGGCAGGGUUGUCGGUACUCAACAUGAUGUAUGAGUAUGCUCUAUCUGCCUUCUUGCAAGUUUUCAAUCUUUCUUUGGAGCGAUCAAAGAAAGAUGCUAGUUUGGAAGGGAGAGUCUUGAAUGUGAUGGAGCAUUUGACCCUUAGUUGCUACAACUAUACCUGUAUGGGACUCUUCGAACGGCACAAGUUGUUGUUCUCCUUCCAGAUGACGUGCAUGAUUCUGAAAGAGAGAAAUGAUAUUGAUCUAGAACUUCUUGAUUUCUUCAUCAAGGGUAACUUGGAAAUCGGAGGAAAAGAAACUCCACCGUACGAAUGGAUUUCAGAAGCUGGUUGGCAUGAUCUCAGCCGUCUUCAUCAUAAUUCAGCCUUUGAAAACCUAAUUCAAGAUAUUCAGCAGAACGAACCAACAUGGAAAGAAUGGUAUGACUUGGAGGCUCUCGAGCGUGUUUCGAUUCCUAUGGGUUACUCUGACAGUCUUGAUUCCUUCCAGAAGCUCUGUCUCCUGCGAUGUUUUCGGCCAGAUCGUGUAACAGCAGCCACCCAAAUUUUCAUAAUAGAGAAAAUGAGUGACAAGUACGUACAACCUCCAGUGUUGAAUUAUAUGAAAGUAUUUGAGCAAAGCUCUCCACACAUUCCGGUUUUGUUCAUCCUUAGCCCAGGAGCAGAUCCAGCCUUUGAUGUUUUCAAUCUUGCCGACAAACUUGGGUUUGGUGGCCCAAAAAUGAAAUUCAUUGCAUUGGGCCAAGGGCAAGGAAAAGCUGCUGGUCAAAUGCUUGAAACAGGGGCCUCAAGAGGACAAUGGGUAAUGCUUUUGAACUGCCAUCUCCUAUCGAGUUGGUUGAAGACAUUAGAAAAGAUCUUGGAACACAACACAAAACCUCAUGCUGACUUCAGACUUUGGAUGACGACGGAUCCGACGGACGCUUUUCCCUUGGGUAUCUUGCAGAAAUGCCUCAAAGUCGUGACAGAACCGCCGAAUGGGUUGAAACUCAACAUGCGUGCAAGUUUCUCAAAGAUUAGUGAUGAAUCUCUGGAGGCUUGUCCACAUUAUGCUUUCAAGCCCCUCGUGUAUGUAUUGGCCUUUUUUCACGCUGUAGUGCAAGAAAGGAGGAAAUACGGCAAGGUCGGAUGGAACGUUGGCUACGACUUCAACGAAUCUGAUUUUCGAAUUUCCAUGCAAUUGAUGGAGUAUUAUCUUACAAAGACACACGAAGAGAAGCAGGAAGCUACUCCAUGGGGAAGCCUGCGGUACUUGAUAGGAGACGCCAUGUACGGCGGGAGAGUCACAUGCGAUUUUGAUAGACGCGUCCUAACAACUUACAUCCACGAGUACAUGGGUGACUUCUUGUUUGACGCCUUCCAACCUUUUCAUUUCUUCAAGAACAAGGAUUAUGACUACUCCCUUCCAGAGAAGGCCUCCCUCUCGACAUGCAUGGAAAUGAUUGAACAACUCCCUUUGGUGACCAGUCCAGAAGUUUUCGGACUUCAUCCAAACGCUGAGAUUAGUUAUAUGACAUCUGCAACUAAAGAACUCUGGACCGGGAUGGUACAAAUGCAACCAAGAGGGGGCGGAGGAGGUGGAGUCAGCAGUGAGGACAUGAUAUCACGAGUAGCUCGUGACAUUCAAUCUGACAUUCCUGUUGAGUAUGACGUGCCAGUCCUCAGGCGGCAUAUGGCGAAUGAGAAUGGCACGCUAACUCCACUCCAGGUUGUUCUCCUACAGGAACUCGACCAUUGGAAUGCUCUGAAUAACUAUAUGAGAACAAGUCUGAACGAUCUUCAACGAGCCUUAAAAGGAGAGCUUGGAAUGAGCGCUGAACUUGACAGUAUCGGACAAGCGCUUCUCAACGGAGUUCUCCCAACACAGUGGUUGAAACGCACUCCAGACACCAGGAAAGGCCUGGCAAAUUGGAUCAAGUAUUGGAAUCGAAGACAAGAGCAAUUUUCUAGGUGGGUGGAAGAGGGAGAGCUGAAGGUUAUCUGGCUCUCUGGUCUGUCGAUUCCCGAGACGUAUCUUGCAGCUGUUGUUCAGACAACCUGCAGGCGUAAGAGAUGGCCGCUAGAUAAAUCGACCCUUUACACCAAGGUCACCAAAUUCCGCCAUGAAGAAGAGAUCAGUGAGAAGCUACUGGACGGAUGCUACGUUUCCGGUACAUACAUUGAAGGGGCAGCCUGGGACAUUGAAAAGGGUUUGCUGGUGAAGCAAAAUCCCAAAGUGUUGAUUCAAGAAAUGCCAAUCAUUCAAGUGAUUCCGGUCGAGGCUCACAGGCUCAAGCUGAGCAACACCUUUCGAGCUCCCGUGUAUGUCACAUCAGCCAGGAAAAAUGCGGCAGGUGUAGGGCUAGUCUUUGAAGCAGAUCUUGAUACUGGAGAGCAUCCAAGUCAUUGGACCUUACAAGGAGCUGCCCUAGUGCUCAACAGCGAUGAUUGAACAUCGUGCCGUGCGCACGAACAAGAAGUCGAAAAUUCCACUCCAAAUUUUUCGACUGAUCGGGAACUCCAAGAUUGAUAUUUCCUCCUGCAAGAGUAUUUUUGUACUGUUCUUCCAAUGAUUGCUUAGCAGUCUUCGUCGCGUAAUUUAGACUUUUCUUGUCCACAAAACCUCUUUUAGUAAAGAUUUGUUUUUGUUUUCGAGUUCGAUAGCAGCGAAUAAUUAUUCCCUUAAUCGGAUCCAAUAACCAUGAAGCGCACUCCGCCUUACGACAAUCAACAAUCUUCAAUCAACGUCACAAGGUGAAAGAGGCGGGAAGGCAAGAGAAAAGCAACACCUCUCUAUCUUAAAUCCAUCUAUUUCUAAAACUAGCUUUUAGCUGUCAAGGGAAAACGAACGUGAUGACCUUGUCGCUAUUCUGUC